AUGGAGGACAUGAAGAAGGCCUUUCCAGCUGUGGAGUGCCUGGAAAUCCCCGUAUCAUGCGAUAGUCACUUCCAUGCUGACCGUACAGCAGAACGGGCCAAGAUGGGGAUAGAUGAUUUACAGUCCUUUGUCGAUUCGGCGCUCUGUAUCCCUUCUCUGAAGGUCAAUGUAACUGGCGGAGUAGCGGUGUUCUGUGACGUGAACAGUUACCCUACUCAGCUAGAUGUGGAUCGGCUACGACAGCAAGGUGUUGUGGUGGUUGUUGGUAUCCACCCGAAGCAUGCUGCAAAGUUGACCGAGAAAGAUUGGUCAGCUUUUGAGGCAGCAUUGGCAUUAUCGGGUGUUUCUGCCUUGGGUGAAGUAGGCCUAGACUACACUUCACAGCCAUCCACAUGGGGGAUCCAGCAUUCUGUUCUCCAUCGUGUCCUGGGGUUUCUUCGCCCAGAUCAUGUUCUGGUACUCCACAACAGGCCAGACAAGCGCAAUGUUGGGGCUGACAUGCUGCAGCUUUUGAUUCAGCUAAAGGGCUGCAUCCCAACUGAGCAGAGGAUCCACCUGUAUUGCUUUUCCGGAAGCCAGUAUGCAGUGGACCAGUGGAGUAGGCACUUUCCCAAUACCCAAUUUGGGUAUACUACUUCAUUCUUGAGCAAUGGGAAAAGUGCCAUUCAAGCUCUGCGAAACAUGGAUGAGUCCCGAUUCCUCCUGGAGACUGACUCUCCAUACAUCGGAAAUACGAAAGCAAGCCACGCUACACCUGGACAUCUGGGGAGUAUUGCCAGUGCUGUUUCAAAGGUCAGACAGGCACCAUAG